GACAGAGAAGCUCCGCAAGGGGGCCGACCAACCAGCCUAGGACAUGCGUUUCGCGUCUUUCCCGAAAGCCACCGCUCUUCUCCUAGCAGCAACGCUGCCUUCCGCACCGAUGGCGGAGGCAGGCCACGCGGGAGAGGCCGGGAUGGAAAAGGCAAAGGAGGCCAGCAGCAGAGGGCUUGCCGAGGAGGGAGUGACGGAGGAGGUCAUGGUGGGCGAACUGCCGAGGUCACACCCACACGAGAAGGAAAAGAAGCAGCGCAAGCCGCGGAUGGCGACAAUGGGAGUGCAGCAAACAUGGAAAGAAUGCGUCGGCAUGGAUGUGGAGGAGGCGGUGGAGAUGAUCAAGGCCGCACGACCGGACCUGAGGAAAAUCACCAAGGUCCCGGAGGGCGCCAUGGUGACGAUGGACAUGCGCACGGACCGCGUGAGGAUCUACUACGACAAGGAGAACAUCGUCACGCGCCCACCACGCGUAGGCUAACGCCGCACAGCUCAACGUGCAGCGUAUAGCCUGCAACCAAAACCAAAGGAAGCUAGACCUACUACCCACGCUACACGCUACGCGCGCUCGCGGGACGGAAAGGUACUACCGAGCUGGGCAUCACGCCAUCUGCCGGCUCAAUUCGGACCAUUCUUCGCAGAGAUGAUGAUGGCGUCAUGUUGAUAGUGUUGUGCUUGGGACGACCGCGCCCGUUUUGUUCUAUACCGUCUAUCGUUGGGGCGGGGGUUUGAGAGCAGUUCAGCGGUCUGUUUUUGUUUUCCAUUUUUCUCCUCACCUAGCUAGAUGAUGGAUGGUUUUUGUUGGUGUGUGUUUUGCUCCUUGUUCCCCAUAUAUAUGGCACACGGCUCUCCUGACGGUUGAAAUGCGCAUCUCUUCUACCCACGUACGCUGGCGUACAGUGUACAGCAGCGCGAUCCACAUGACGGCAGGUGGCGUGAGAUAAAGGUUGGGCCUUUCGAUUUGGAUAAGUUUGCCGUACACACCUCAUGGCGUUGUCUGAGCGCGUCGGUUCGCGAGCCCCCAUCAUCGUGACCAGUGGCUUCGCUCUGGAGGCUAGCGCAAGGCGGGAAGAUUUCGCUGGGGUUCAGCUUUUGGCCGCUACGUUUGAACCCGGUUCUCGCAGCAUGUGUAGUAAGUUUCGAGCGCGCGUGCAAAUCUGUGUGUGUGUGUUGGCGCGCAGCCCGCGUUUUUCAUCUUGCUGUGUGAAGUCGUCGUAGGUAUGCAUAUGUAGACUAUUAAAUAGCCAUUUCCGACAUGACGAAAUAUGACGUGUAGCAUCGACGGGGCGGAAGUCUAAGUCUCGUACAAUAAUAGGAGUUUAGUGCGGAACAGAUAGAGGGCGCUACGGCCCAAAGGGUUUUAUGUUUGUGUGGGCUGCAUGCGGGAGUCUCUCUAGUGGUACACGUGACGACGUAGUGAAGUAGAUGGUUGAUAUUGUUGUUUGUGUAGUCGGCGCUGGAGACAUGGCGGUUUGGGUGUGAAGCGUACAGUAGAUGUUGGCGCUCUCGCACGCAUGUAUGCAUAUGGAGAAGAUACGUUGUUGUACGGCUGCAUGCUGCGAAGAUAUGUUGUUUAUGGCUGCGCUAAUGUAUCGUCGUGCCGUUUCACUUGUGGUAAGAGAGAGCGGUAAUGCAGCAAUGUGUUUCUUCUGUC